AUGGCUGACCUUACAAAAUGCGUUGAUAUGGGAGCGGGUGGUGUCUGGAUGGUGCGGUCGGGAACUGGACGUUCGAAAUUCCAAUAUUUACUGAAAUACGUUGGAGCUGUAACCGUCUACCAGGUCGGACCAGCCGGUGAUAGGGGUGAGGCAGUUCUGGACGGGGAAGCCUCGCUGUAUCGCGAGGCUUUUCUGGCCAGUGAAGCCUCGCCCUCGGGCAUGGGCAAUCCGGCCGAGGAAGGUGGGCAGCCGACCGAUGAGUCCGCCGUAGAGCUACAGGCCAUUGAGCAACCCGCUCCUUUGGAGCUACCCGUUCCCGUGGAACUACCCGCCUCCUUGGAUGUACCCGUCCCCGGUUUUUGGGUUUUUUUAGCUGUAACCGUCUACCAGGUCGGACCAGCCGGUGAUAGGGGUGAGGCAGUUCUGGACGGGGAAGCCUCGCUGUAUCGCGAGGCUUUUCUGGCCAGUGAAGCCUCGCCCUCGGGCAUGGGCAAUCCGGCCGAGGAAGGUGGGCAGCCGACCGAUGAGUCCGCCGUAGAGCUACAGGCCAUUGAGCAACCCGCUCCUUUGGAGCUACCCGUUCCCGUGGAACUACCCGCCUCCUUGGAUGUACCCGUCCCCGUGGAGCUACCCGCCCACGUGGCCCGACCCGCUCCCGUGGCGCAACCCGCUCCCGUGGCCCAACCCGCUCCUGUGUCGCAUUCCGCUCCUGUUGCUAUUCCGUUGCAAAAGAGAUUAAUCAAUUAG